AUGUUACGACGGGUAGUCUCGACAAGCGCGAGAGAGCCGAAGGACAUAAUUCGAGAGCUGAAACGACACGUGCACCGGCUGUACAAACACAUCCAUCCCGAUCGUCUUGGACAAUUUCCGCAACAUAGAAAGGUCAACGAGGCUUCGUUCCAGGUCCUACAGUCUGCUAUUGAGCGGCAUUUCGAUCGCGUCGAAGCGAGGACAAGAAAUAUCCCACCCCAGGCUUUCCAACCGCCAAAAGAACUGACUUUCUUCGCGAAAGCAAAGCCAAAGUCUUCGAAAGGGAAGCACGAACAAAACGUCAACGAUUAUGGACUCCACAAGGCGGUGGUCCCAUUCCACGAGACUAAUCUGGGACAUGCAUUGCAUAGCCUGUUCGAAUCGUUAGGUCUUGAGCCACCCCCGCAAAAUAUUUUGCCAGGCCGCAGACCUGGUCCAUUGGGGCAAGAAGGGCAACGAUUCUCCUCUCUGACUGAGCUCAUACGGCAUGCUCGACGUGUUAUCAUGUCCAACGUCCAGAGACAGCAGACCGGGAAUCCCCGCACGGCAGAAUCAGACCUUGACGAUGAGAUGCUUGUCACACGACUAGCAUUGCAGAGGUCGCGUGGACUUUACGUGACGCUCGGAGCCGGGUUACCACCAAAGGCAAAGCUUGUGGUGAUAUUUCGACGGCUAGCACGAACAUUAUCUGAAGUGAGGACAAAGUACCUGUCCAAUCUAGUUGUCGAGAUGGAUGGAGGAUUUGACGUCACUCUGAAUACUGAGGGCGCGUAUCCAUGGAUGCAGCUUGGAGCGUGCGCGUCAACAGAGACGUGGCGAGAUAGCUUGUCCUCCUCCGAGGUAGUCGCGGCUUGUCAGAAAAGCAACAAGCACAUGACUAGGCUACGAGAGCUGGAGGCCAGGGUAGCGAUUAAGUUAGGGAUCAAACUUGUGAUGCACAACAUUAAUGUACUGGGGAUUGAGAAUGAUGAAACGAAGGGGGAAGCGGGUAGGGAAGAUAGUAAUCAUGAACGGAUGGAAAGGAUGCUACGGGCAAGUGCAGCACUCGACUCAUACGAGCAGCUACUACUGAGUCUGAUUAGCAGCGAGGUGGAAUCAAGACAGGUCCGCGAACAGGUAUCCGUGGCUCUGAUGAUCGACGAGAGUGACGGGGUGCAAUGCGAGGCGGAGCAAGGGGUAAUCCGAGUUGGGCUUUCGACAGGGGCAGAUGCAGUGCUAUCGGCGCUGUCUUCACAUGGAAGAGGAGUGCAUGAAAGGUUCGAACAAGUGCGGUGCGAGCGGGUAGCGGAGGAGAAGCGCGUGGCGAACGUCAAGCGGGCGGUAGGAAUCAACAGCCUGCGGCGGGCGGAGUCGGUGAGCACGCGGGAAUGGGGCGAAGCGCUCGCGCACAUGAGGGCGGACGCGGGGCGGCUGCGCGGCGUGCUCGACGGGGUGCCUGUAGUAAUCGGGACGCAGGCACGGGUAAUUGUGGAGAGCGGUGAGGUCGAAGUGCCGCAUGACUUUUACAGGACAAUACGGGUGUAGCACUCCGGGGAUCGGAACGGGGUAAGUUACCGUAAUAGAUAUACAGUCUGUACAUUGCUUAGUAGUGGGAAAAUAAACAUGGCGACGCGUCGA